UCCUUAUGUCGUUGCCUGGAAACGUGGCAUUGCGAUAUUAACAGCUGGUUCUGUUAAAGUUACCCCUGAUCCACGUGUACGUUUAGUCAACGGUUUUAAUCUGCAAAUACGUGAUGCUGUGCCACAGGAUGCGGGUGAUUAUAUUUGUCAAAUAGCAACAAUGGAACCACGUGAAAUUACUCAUACCGUAGAAAUAUUAGUGCCACCAAGGAUUCAUCAUAUAAGUACCAGCGGUCAUUUGCAAGUUAAAAAAGGUUCAUCAGUACGUAUUGAGUGUUCAGCCUCUGGUAAUCCAACGCCAAAUGUUACAUGGAGUCGUAAAAAUAAUAUUUUACCCAAUGGCGAGGAGAAACUACAUUCCCAUAUAUUGUCAAUUGAAAAUGUGGAUCGUCACAAGGGUGGCGUUUAUAUAUGUACCGCCAAUAAUGGUGUUGGCCAACCCGCCUCUAGUCAAGUGGUUUUACAUGUUUUAUAUCCUCCUGAAAUCACUGUGGAACGUCCUGUUGUAUUUUCCGGGGAGGGUCAUGAGGCCAUGCUGGUGUGUAUAGUUCAUGGCGAAACACAACCUGAGGUUAUAUGGUUUAAGGAUACCAUGCAAUUGGAUACCACCGAACGUCAUAUUAUGGAAAAUCGUGGCUCACGUCACACGUUGAUUAUACGAAAAGUGCAUCCACAAGAUUUUGGUAAUUAUUCGUGUGUGGCUGAAAAUCAGCUUGGCAAGUCACGUAAAACUUUACAGUUGAGCGGUAAACCCAACGUAGCUGUUUUCAAUUCACCGCCAAUCAGUCAGUAUAAGGACAGAUACAAUAUUUCUUGGACUGUGGAAUCUCAUACACCCAUUGAAGAAUACAAAUUAUCCUUCCGAAGGUUGCAACAAGGACAAGAGGUCGAUAACUCUAUUGAUUCGCAUUCAUCCUCAUCUUCAUCUAUGUUGCAAAUGUACGGUGGCAGCAUGGAUAGUGGCAGUAUGCUGGGUGUCAAUGCGCACAAUUAUCGUCUAGGUGGUAUUAACAACAUGAAAAGCAUGAGCGGCAGUGGCGGUUAUGGUAGCUAUGGUGCCGGUAAUGUUAUACAUUGGGGUCUUAACAGUUGGCGUGAUGUUGUCUUACCCGCCAUACCCACAUCACAUCAUUACACACAAGGCAUGAGCUAUAUGAUACGCGGUUUAGAUCCAGAUCAACAUUACGAAGCUACAGUUCAAGCGAGGAAUCGUUACGGCUGGAGUGAUUACUCUCAGAGUUUUGUAUUUUCAACGUCAUCGAAUGAUAAUGAAAUGCGUGAUUUAAGUGUAACAUUUUAUGGCAGCAAAUCUUCACAUAUACAAACCUUGAAUUCUUUACUACUAAUUGCAGUAGCUGCUUGUUUAUGUUAUGAAGUGUUCUUUAAAGACCCAGCGGUUGCUGCAUCGAGUAGCAACAAUUCCACUUGUAUGCAAGACGACAUAGAAGUGGCAAAGGAGUGCACAGAUCCACAAACACAAGAGGUCAGGGAGGGAGUGAGAGUGACAAUGUCAUCAUGA